AUGCCUCGGUCGAAGAGCUCGCACGAGCUGUACUUGGACCUGCUGACGUCCAACUCGCCAGCGUCCAUAGCGUCCCCAGCAGCAGCAGCAAUAGCAGCAGACGAUGUGUACAGUAGUGGCGGCUCGGCGCUCUCGGUGCACAUGGGCGACUCGGGAUGGGUGCACGAGAUGAACUUCAUGCGGGCCGAGACCCCCAGUCAGCUGCGCCAGCGCUUCAUCCAGAUCCAAGUCACGGACCGCCGGUUCAAAGAGCCGUCGUGGAUGCACCCGAACAUUGGCGGCGAGGCGCAGUUCGUGCAGGGACGACGGGACGAACUUUCUGCGCUGGACGAGGCGUUGCAAGCGAAGCGGACGACCAACAAACUGGGCGAGUGGCUGUCCACGUCCAUCAGUGGCAACGCCAUUCUCUCCAGUGUGCUCUUCUCGGCGGGCCAAACCAUCGCCAAAGCUGGCAAACUGGCGCCCGUGACGCAGCUCUUCGUGAUCACACUGGUCUAUUGUCUUCGCUGGGUCCUCGACGAGGUCAUGAGCGCCGUGCCAUUGAACGGUGGCGUCUACAAUGCGAUGCUCAACUCAGCGUCUAAAAAAGUCGCUGCUCUCUGCGCAGUGUUUAGUAUGCUGUCCUACUUGUCCACGGCAGUGGUCAAUGGUGUGUCGGCCAUGAACUACGUCAACGAGUCGCUCGUUGAGAUUCCUGUCAUGAUUUGCACCAUCGGAUUGCUCGCAGUGUUCGCAGUGCUCUGCCUGAUGGGUAUCGCCGAGAGCGCUUUCGUCGCGCUGAUUUUCUUCGUCUCCCACACGCUCACGCUCAUUCUUUUGGGCGUAUUCAGCAUCAUUUACGUGGCGCAACACCCUGCUAUCUUUCUCGACAACAUGGGCACAACACUCCCUGGCGUGACGAUCUUUGGCGGCGCUGCAAGCGUUAGUAGUCUUGCAUCUGCUCUCUUCUUGGGCUACGGCACAGCGUUGCUGGGCGUGACUGGCUUCGAAAGUUCAUCGCAGUACGUGGAAGAGCAAGCGUCAGGCAUUUUCCCGAAAACGCUGCGCAACAUGUGGGCUCUCUCCAGUGCAUUUAACAUAGCCUACUCGUUUCUGGCGUUGGCUGUUGUGCCUUUGGACACAAUCAUCUCGAACCAGUCCACGUUGUUGUCGUACAUGGGUCGUCUGAGCGGUGGUCGCUGGCUCGAGAUUCUUGUGACAAUUGAUGCGUUUGGUGUACUCGCUGGUGCAGUGCUAACGUCCUAUGUUGGCACGAAUGGUUUACUGCAGCGUUUGGCGAUCGAUCGCGUGUUUCCGAGUUUUAUGCUCAAAGUGAACACAUGUCGUGGCACGAACCACUUCAUUAUUCUGGCGUUCUUCGUCAUGGCUUCUAGCCUUGUGUUUAUCUUGGACGCCGAGGUGACAGUCUUGUCUGGCGUUUUUGCACUCGCUUUCCUGUGUGUACUCCUCUCUUUCAUCAUUGCGUGCGUGUUGCUGAAGCUAUACCGAGAACAAAUUCCUCGCAGGAGACCCACGUCGUGGAUCAACAUCACUUUUUGUUUGUGUAUGGUGCUACUGGGUAUUUUCGCAAAUGCGAUUUCGGAUACGAAGGCGUUGUUGUAUUUCUUCAUCUACUUUGCAGUGUUUUUCGUUGUGGUUAUCCUGAUGCUGACACGAGUGAGUGUGCUGAAGACACUGCUUUGGAUCUCGAGAAAGCUAGCAGAAUACUACAAAGGUGAUGCAGCGCCGUCACAACAGGCUUUUGGAGGCAGUGUUACGAUCGCCAAGAGGAUUGAGAUUAUCAAGAAUACGCCUGUGGUAUUUUUCUGUAAAGCAACGAACCUGCCUAAAAUCAACGAGGCCGUCGCGUACGUGAUGCGUAAUGAGCACACGUAUUGUUUGCGGCUGGUGCACGUGUGUGAACCGAAUGCUCCAGUUCCGCGCGAGUUUGAGCACGUGGUGAACUUGUUCGACCAUAUUUAUCCGUCCAUCAAGAUCGAUUUCAUCGCCGUGACAGGGGCUUUUGAUCCUGCAAUGGUGCUGUGGUUGUCCAAGUCAAUGGACGUCCCAACUAACAUGAUGUUUAUGGGCCAACCGGCGGAUGAGACGAUACAUCGGGUGUUAGCUUUGGGUGUGCGAGUCAUCACUGACUAA